AAUGCUAGCUAGCUUGCUGCCUAUGGUGUCUAGCCUUGCUAGGGGAGAGAAAUCGUGGCAGAGGGCAGAAAUACUUGUGACUAGAAGAAAAAUUAAGCCUGUUUAACAUCUGGCACCGGGGAAGAAAGAAACAGAACAGGUAUCACCAGCAAGUUGGAAACAUCUCUUCUCUCCCCUGGCUCUCCAUUGUGCAAGGACACCACCUGAAACAUCAUCUUAAAGUCACAGAGUGCCUCUUCCCCCCACCCUGCAUCUUCAUUACUGCAAAAACUGCACCAGCAAGAAACCAGUCAGAUACAUUGCAGCUGCCAAAGUCAGAGCUUUAAGUUUGAAGCCCCCAGAUCAGCCAAAUAAAAUCCCACUUCUGAUCAUCUAAUUUUCAAAUCUCCCUAAUUUCUUAUCGGUGUUACUCAUCAGGGUAAGUAGGAACUCUUAAAACGAGGACUCCGCGUUAUCAUGGCCUCCAUAAUCCAUUCAUCUGAGCCUGAGAUCCCAGACAACCACAAAGAAAGCUGGCUGGCGCUACUUUCUGCUGCUGAAAUAUACUGCCAAAAAUCUGGCUGUGACCUGGCCAUCCUCACAGCCUGCAAGAAGUUCCGGUCACCUUCUGGAGAAGGAGAGGGAGUGAAGACCCGGGAGGGCAGCGCCGCCUUCCAGAGGGAGUGUGAUUUCUCCUAUAACGUGUGGGGUCCGGGAUUACUGGCAGAAUCAGCACGCCGCUACAUGGAUGAUAUUGGUGUGCUGCAUUCCACGACCAUGCUAACAGCUCAAAAGCACACACGCCAAACCGGGGAGGAGGGAGGAACUAAGCUGAUGGUUGACUUGACCUCUGACCUUGGUCACAGAGGGAACUUGACAGGUGACAGCGGGGUGGGUGGAGUCAGUCCCAACGGCAGACUUUACUCCCAAAAUUACCCGUCCAUCUACAGCUCAGAAGGUGCAGCGUUGCAUGGCGGCGGGCAAAACGGGAACAGAGAGAAGGGACGGGAGAGGAGCAUUCUGGAGGCAGAGCGAGAGAGACAGAGGUCCGGGAUUGUCAAUUUGGAGGAAGAGGGAGAGGAGGCGGAGGAGGAGGAGGACAUGGAUGAAAGACAGCCUUAUGGGAAUGAAAGUGCUGGUGUUUUCUCGAUGGACGAGGACUCCAUUUCUCGGGACUGUGAGCCGUUCUUUGAAUCUGAAGGAGAAGAGGAAAGCACUGAUGGUUCUUUGAGUGAGGAGGCCCCCCCGCCACCGCGCGGCAUGGCUAUGGUUAAGCCUGCGUUCUCAGCCCGCCACGUCCAACACCCCCUGGCUCUGGCCCGCUCCCUGCCUGUGUCUGUCCCUGUAUGGGGCUGCAAAAGCACCAGAGCUGCUCAGGGGGACAGCAGCAGCGGCGAACGGGUGGGCUGUGCUGACCUCGAGCACAUCGCCGCCAGCAUGAAGGCCCUGCUGGUCCCCGGAGCCACCGACGGGACGGAGAUGUUCGGGGCCCUGCCGCGGCCCCGUCUCAACACCGGCGACUUCUCCCUGAAGCACUGAGCGGGUUAGGAGCGAGGCGAGCAGAGAGAAAGGGAUUGUGAGGAUUGUGACAGUAUGUGAAACAGUGUAAAAGCUAGUUCCUCCGUUUCUUUCUCCCCUCACUAACCAAAAUUAACUGCACGUGCGUUUUCAGGAGUAACGAGUGUGAAGGAAUAACACUACCACCACCUUUACUUCGGCUCGUAACAUUUCCCACCACUACACGUACACUACAUUUGGACUGAGCCUCAGGUUGUGUGCUUUUUGACCCGCAGCGCUGCACAGCAGCGACUCUAAUCAAGACUGAAGCUGAGAUUGAACAUGUUUACCUGCGUUGUGACGCCCUCUCAUCUGUAGCUGCUUUGUUGUUGGGUCUGGUGCUCCACGCUGACACCUCAUAGUGAAUAACAGCAAAAAAAAAACAACAUCAUUUACAAGAAACGUGGCAAAUUAUUGUGAUUAUCACAAUUUCUUUUGUUCUUAAGGGUUGGAUAGAAAGGCUGAAGACUCCUUCGUGCUGGCAUUAAACAUUAAACCUCUAAAGAUCACUAAUUGGCCGUGCAGACACAUUUUAGCAAGCAGUCCUGUCUGCUUUUGCUUUUUUGAUGCUGCAGUUGCUUUAUCAGUGUUUUUGACUUGCCAGAUUUUCACCAGGACUCCGGCAGAUUGGUCGUCAGUGCAAACAAGUCGCCACAAGAUGGUGCCGUUAAACUGCAGCCAACAAAAAGUUUAAAUGGUGACAGAUUUAUCCAUCCGCCUUUGUUAAUGAUUGGAAAAUGUUCUAGAGUCUAAAAAAUAUAUUAUUAACGGGUGAAGAGCUUAGUUGUUGCUGUUAAUGUUGCUAAUAUCUCAAACUAUCAUGUUGACGUAGAUCAUGGAAGUUGGCUGUAGUUGGUGAUUGGCCUCUUCAAAUCAGUUCUCAGAGAAACCCACGCUGGCUUUUAAGUAACUCUGGUUUAAAGGUGACACAUUUAACCCAACAUGUUAAUUAUUAAGCUGUUAGACUUGGUCCAGGCGACUUCCUGCUCCACACGCCAGUUUCAGACUGGGUCAAUGAUUUAUUAUGACGUUCUGCAGAAGCGCAACAAUGAAUUAAGUGUUUGAACGUGGAAACGUCGAACUCCACACCGGUGCCACGAUUCUCGGAAGCCGGAGUCCAUUGAUGUGAGGUUUUCUUCGGUCGAUGCAGAUCUUUAGAAAUCUGUGCAGCAGAUGCAGAUGCAAUACAGCAACCAUUAAUAUUUAAUUUUCUUAAGUUCGCAUAAACAAAAAAUUUAACAAUUACCCGAACUAAACGUGUGUUUUAAUCCUUAGAGGAACACGGACACCUAAAAGAAGACAGACGUGGAUACAUUUGUUGGUUCCCCUCCAUAUUAUUAUAUAUAAAUAAAAAACUGACACGACUCAAUCUUGGAAACUUCGACGCAGGUAUUUUGCUGAAUUUCUGUCUUUGUUUUAUUUUUUGCUAAUCUUGGAGCCUCCUGGGUCUUCAUGAAGCCGUUUAUGGAUCAGAAUGAGACCGAGCAGAAAGUUGACCUCGGACUUCAGCUUGAUGGUUUUAUUGGCUCUUUUUCUACAGCGCUGUCUGAUCAACCUGGGGUUGCAUUUCCUCUUGCAUCCAUGUCCUGGAAAGUUGUCUACCUUCCCACGGGCCUUCUACUUUUUUAAUAAUCUUGCCAGCUGUGAUUAUAGGAUCGAGAAGCUGCUUGGAGAUGACCUUUAAAAGGAGAGGAAAUGGUUGAUAAAAAGCGUCAAGCCUCCUAAGACACUAAUUAAAUUUGUUUUGUUGUUUUAAACUGGACUAUUUAGCAGAUUAAUCAACUCUAAGGGCACAAAUCUGUUAAUAUUUAGCAUAUUUUUGAAAAAAUAAAACAUUUUUCAUUCACUGUCUUAUACUACAGACUUGCAGAUUUUUCUUAAACACCUGCUUUUAACUGAAUAGUGAUAAUAACAAAUGACUCGUUAAUAAUAAUGAUAACCGAGUCGUCGUUUCAGUGAGCUUUGAGGGGAACAACAGAUUUAUCUGCGUCUGUUUUUAAAGUCGAGCGGUUCUGUGAGUGGCUGAUUUCAGCUUUUUCUCACUCUGUGUCUGGAUAACUGGCCAAAAUCACAUUAUUCAGAAAGUGAUGACUAUUGUCCAAACAAUAAGUCUAUUUAAAGUCGAUCGCUUGAGUGUAAUUGCUUUGAAUAAAACAGACCAUUCAAUAUUUGAUUUGUAGUUUAUACACCAAAGGGUAUUAAAUCACCAUUUUACUUGUUUUUUUUUUUUUUGUUUGUUUGUUUGUUUUCUGACCACACUUGCCUUUAUGAGUCCCUUUUAUUGAUUUGAAACCCAAACAGGUGAAUUUUAUUAACCCAAAGCAAAAAAAGCUCAUUUUUAAAGAUGAGAAGUUAAAUCUAUAAAUCACUUAAGCAGGUUGAAAAUGAAUCCAAACCAUCAACACUGAAGGAAAAUUCCUCCAAUCAAGCCAGUCGAUCUCUGGAACGUCUGAUCAUUUUCAGGACAAACGGGAUUGUUUAUGAUUAUAAAUGUGAUUUUUGAGGCCGCUGUAAGAAAUGAGAACUUUCUGUGGGGCAGAAAAGCACCGAGCGUCACGGGUUGUGUUCAGCUUCGUACCUAAAGAAAAGAGCUGAAGGGCUUUUUUAUGUUUGCUUUAAUGUUUGGGAGAAAAGGCUGUGUUGUUUUUUUUUUUUUUUUUUUUUCAAAAUUCUCCAUAACUGAUUGAAACAAGUCAGUUUGAACCAUUAGCUUCUGUCUUAUAACGAGUAAAUGACCAACAGGCUCUUUGUUUAUUUGUAUUUCUCACGAGGAGCAGAAACCGUAAGAAUGACGGUUUUAACAUAAACCUUUUGUAAACGUGAGCAGAGGACACCAGCACCUUCUCAUUACACGACUUCUUUUUAUUUUCUCCAAUGAAUGACUGACUGAUUGAAUGAUUGUAAACCAAUUCUGCUUUCCAGGUGACGGUGUUGUUCUCUCAUUUUCUUUGAUGUUUAAAUGCCUGACGAGAGAAGAAGUGACUGUGUGUGCGUGAGAGAGAUAGAAAAAACGGGGAUGGAGUUGGUUUGAAAUGCGUCCAUCUCUGACAUUUCAAAAAUAAACAAAUGUUCCGUUAAAUACUUUUAUGUUUCAAAUAAAAGAGCGACACCAA